AUGAAGUUCCUUGCCACCAUCAUCCUCCUUACCUUCUUCGCAGCCAUGAUCAUCGCAGGUGAUUGCAUGAAAGCACCUUUUCAAUGCAAGGGCGUCGGUAAAUCGCGGCUCAUAGCAAACAUACCCGGUUUUGAAGAAUUUGACGACUCUUACAGCAGCAUCAAGUGUGCCCAGGUAGACUGCAGGCGUACCUGCCAACGGAGUCUAGAGUCUUGUCAUGUCCUCUGUGGUGGAGAUGAAGACCUGCCCCGCUGCGCCGUCGGUGUCUCACCCCUUCCCCCAGGUCGUCACAAUAUUGUCCACACCAUACCCACCAACUACACGACCACCCAUCUCAGCAAGAACAACACGCAACCACCCAUACGGGUCGUCUGA